CAUCCUUCCCCGCGUCACCAGCUGUGACUCCCAUACCUUUUCUCUCUCUUUCUCUCUCACGCACUCGGGCCGGGAACUUUCUACCACCUCCUCACGCCGUGCAGGAUGUCCGAUUCACGGCAUGGCACAGUCAGAUUUGCCAACUGUUAAUCCAUUCAGAGCAACUCACAUUUGGUGUAAUAUAAUCUUCACCCUGCAGUCAGAAGUGGAGGUUAAGCGACGCAGACAUAAUUUGAAGUCCCACAAUGACUGCUUCCUUGGCUCUGAUGCUGUGGACAUCCUCCUGAGCCACCUUCUGCAGAACAAGUACUUUGACGCUGAGAUCACACGACCGAAAGUGGUGAGGCUCUGCCAAGCUUUGAUGGACCAUAAGGUGUUUGAAGGAGUCAGUACAAAACUCUUUGGCAAAGUUAAGAAGGAGUACCCUUUUGAGGACAGUAGUUACAGUUUAUACCGGUUUACUGCAAUGCACAAGUGGAUUGAUACUGUGAAAGAGAACUCGGACACUGCCUUGUCUCCUCAAGCACAACUAACCUCUAGAUUCAAUGGCUGGGCUGGCAGGCCAGUUAACUUUCCUGCAUCAGAUACAAGCUCUGACCACUCAAUAGUAGAACUGCUUGAUAAUUUGAGUUUAAAACCGGUGAAUUCUCGUAUUGAAACUUCAAGUCUGCCUCCAACAGUAGUCAAUGAGAUAUGGCAGGAACAAACAAUGUUGCGUCUCCUGCAACUUAUUGAGCUUCCAGUCUUGGAUUCACUUCUGGACAGAAAAGAGCACCGGACAAAAUCAGAGAAUUCAAGCAGCAGUGUGGUUACCAGUGGCUUACUGGAUCGGGAAAUCCUCAAGGCUUUCAGUGAUUCUCAGGAUGAUGAGUGGCUGUCGGCUACAAUUUGUUUACUGGAGUAUUUCCCUGAUACCACAGUGGUGGAAAUCAGUAGGAACUUUCCAGAACCAUCCUGCGACAUAGACCAGUGUAAAAUGAUGCUUUUUGAUGCCAUUGCUAAAUAUUACAGCCAGACCAAAAAACCUCUCCUUACCAGUGAUCUCUUUGACAUCCACACAGGAGUGACAGAGCUUAUUGUAAAUGGCAAGUUUGAACAGGCAUUAGAAGCCACCCAACUUUGUCUGAAACUUAUGAAUGCCAGUAAUCGGGAAGAACUAAGGAGACUGUUGCAUUUCAUGGCCAUUGCUGCUGAUCCAACAUCCAUUGCGUUGAAGAAUGGGGUCAACAAUAGAAUUGUGAUGAAAAGGACUUUCAGUAAAGCCAUCGUUUUUAACAAGAACCUACCAAAAGGGAAAGCUGAUCUCUUGGUGUUGUUUCUACUUGAUCAUCAGAAAGAUGUCUUUAAGGUUCCUGUGGCUUUACACAAAAUGGUGAGUGAGAAGUUGAUGCUCAUUCAGUGCGGAAAGGAUCCAGACUUUAGUACAGGACACACUUUCUGCGAGAGGUUAAGUCUUUCUGCAUGUGAAAGCAACAUGCGAAAGACCACCAGAGAUGAACUGUUACUGCUACUUAAGACUAUUGAUGAAAACACACAGCUGUCUGCUAAAGAGAAAAAGAAGGUCCUCACUCAGUUCAACAAGAGUCACCCUGCUAUAUUUAUUCAGUAUUUCUUUGAUCCUCAGAGGAAACAUUAAUUUUAUCAAUGUACUGUAUAUAUGUAUAAUUAAGUUAAUUAUAAAAAGUUAAAAUUAUUGAACAUUUUAUAAGAUUGAAUGAAUAAAGUUUGAAAUUUUAUUUAA